UUGGAUAGCAACUGUCGGGCACGCGUGUCGCUCGUUGUGCGGUAUAAACGUGUGCGCGGGUGGUGUGCUUGCGUGUUGAUGGUGGCAGUGGCGGGGCGCGAAAGGUGAUAAUCUCUCUCCUCCACCCUCGUCGUUUGUCGCGCGCGCCCGUCAUCCUUUUCCUGGACCUGAGAGUCCGAGGACUCCCGAGGAUCCUCCCCGAGAAGACGCGGUGAACUUAAACGAAACCCGAAAACAUGUGAUUCCCUGACAGAACGAAACAAUCCCCGUCGCGAUAUCCUUUUUCCGGUGCCGUUCGCGUCCGCCUCGCGGGGGUAGCGCGGUGAUUACCUCGUAUUCGCAUCGCCCGCCGGGAUACGCCGCUGGACCCCCUCCCCAUCUGCUUGUCCCUUCAAUCGUGCUCGUCGAGGGUUCGUCGCCGCGCGCCGUGGAAGAGGAUAUGAUGUUCUGAAUUUCGGACUAGCGAGAAGAGCAUCAUCAUGGUCACGAAGCACUUCGCAUCACAGGGCUCAAGCCCUGAGUGCGGCGUGCCAGACAUGACAGUUAUCAGCAAUAUCGACGAGAUCGGUAUCAAUCGGAAUCUUCAAGUUCGGUACAGUAGGGACCAAAUAUACACGUACACGGGAUCUAUACUGGUGGCUGUGAAUCCUUACAAAGAGGUGGACUUCUAUACGAAUGAGUACGUGAAUCGAUACCACGGCCAGAAGAUGGGCGCCUUGGAGCCACACGUGUUCGCCCUGGCGGAGGCGGCAUACAAAUCCUUACAGGACACCGUGAGCAACCAGUCCUGUGUGAUAUCGGGAGAGAGCGGUGCUGGCAAGACCGAGACUACCAAGUUCAUCCUACAGUAUCUAUGCUCGGUUACUAGCAACGUCGAUACGUGGGUGGAACAGCAAAUUCUAGAGGCCAACACCAUUCUCGAGGCAUUUGGCAACGCGAAAACUGUACGGAACGACAACAGUUCGCGCUUUGGCAAGUUUAUGCAGGUGUGUUUCGACAACAAGUGGAUGAUCAAGGGAUGUAUCAUCCAAGACUAUCUGCUGGAGCAGAGUCGUAUCACCUUUCAGAGCCCCGGAGAGCGCAAUUAUCACGUGUUCUAUCAGCUGGUCGAGGCCGGCACGAGGGACAAAGAAUUUGCGGAGCAAUAUAAAUUAAGGCCAGCCAGCCACUACAAAUAUCUCAAUCAGUCCGGCUGCGUGAAGAUCGACGGAAUUUCCGACUCUAAGAAACUCGAUUCUCUCAGGCUCGCCUUUAAUGUGCUCCAGAUCGCGCCGGAAAUGUGUGAAGGCAUCUUCCGAGUUCUAUCGGCCAUCCUGUGGCUCGGAAACUUGAGCUUCGAGGACGUCGAUGGCGAGAGAUGCGAGUUAUCGAAGGAGGACGGGAAUAUAGUCGACACGGUUGCGCCGCUGUUAGGUCUUCAGGUGGAGGAUCUCACCAAGGUGGUGCUGAUACGACAGAUAAACGUUCGCGGUAAUAUCACGGAGAUUCCACUGAAGGUGCAAGAGGCCAGGGAGAAUAGGCACGCGAUGGCAAAGGCACUCUACUCUCGCACUUUUGCUUGGCUUAUCAACCACAUCAACAACUGCACGAACCCAGGUCAGGAUAUCUCGCGGUUCCUCGGGGUUCUCGAUAUCUUCGGAUUCGAGAAUUUUACACUGAACAGCUUUGAGCAACUCUGCAUCAACUACACGAACGAGAAGCUGCACAAGUUUUUCAAUCACUACGUCUUUGCGUUGGAGCAGGAACUCUAUCACCAAGAAGAGAUCCAAUACUCUCACAUCACUUUCACUGACAACACCAUGUGCCUGGAGCUAAUUGAGAAGCCUCCGCGAUGUGUUCUUAAGUUACUCACCGAGCAGUGCCAUAUGCCGAAAGGCUCGGAUCUAGCUUAUCUGACAAACCUGCACGCUGAAUUUGAGAACCAUCCGUGCUACGUGAAGGGAGACGAUCGACGGAAAUGGGAGAAGGAAUUUGGGGUCAAGCAUUAUGCCGGGUGUGUGACAUAUACUGUCGAAGGUUUCGUCGACAAGAAUCGGGACGUACAGCAGGAUGUAUUCUUCGAUUUCAUGUCCAGAAGUACAAAUGAGUUUGUACAGGAGAUCAGCGUUUAUCAGGAUCUAUUGGGAUGUACCGUCGCGCGUGCAACCGGGGGCACAACUACUACGAUGUCGCGAGGAACGUCCAAGGGCAAACCGACUCUCUGCGACUCAUUCCGGCAUCAGUUGCAGGCCCUAGUAGAUGUUUUACAGGGAACGACGCCGUGGUACGCGCGCUGUAUCAAACCGAACAUGGAGAAAAUGGCCAAUCAUUACGAUGAGAAGCUCGUUAUGGACCAACUCAAAUAUCUUGGAAUGCUCGAUAUCAUACGCAUACGCAAGGAGGGCUUCCCAAUACACAUGUCGUUCCACGAUUUCGUUGCGAGAUAUCGUUGUCUGGAUAAAAGCCGAUCCUCACUUUCCUCUAACGAGAAGGAGGCAGUUAGAUGUCUGAUUAGUAAACAAGAUAUACCGCAAACUGAAUGGCAAAUUGGCCGGACAAAGGUGUUUUUGCGGAGCUACGUGCACGAGCCUCUGGAAGAUUCCAGAAAUCAGGUAAUAACGAGGAACGCCAUUGUGAUACAGAAGAUUUGGCGAGGAUACAUUAAACGACGAGAGUAUAAACGUACAAGGGAGGCGACACUGAAGAUGCAGCAUGCGUAUCGCGGUUGGAAGUUACGAAUAAUGUUCAUCAGGAAACGCAGGGCAGCUAUAGUGAUCCAGAGUCAUUUGCGAGGUGUCUUUGCGAGGGAAGUAGCCGCAGCUCUACGAGAAAUGCGACGAGUCGAUGAGGAGAUGAGAAAGAGAGAACGGUUGGAGGAGGAACGAAGGAUGAUGGAGGAUAAGAAGGCGUUGGAAGAGAGCCAAAGCGCGCAGUACGAUGGUAUUGCCGAGAUGGAAUCUGGGAAAGUGCAAGAAGAAAUCGACGCGUUGUCACAGAUGGCCGAGCAAAUGAACUCGAAAAUAGCUGUCACGGAUUUGCAAUCGGUAGAUCUUGACAAUCUGUUUUCUUUCCUAUCUGAUGUACAAUCAACUAAAAGUAAUCAGAUUAUCGAGGAAAUCGGGGAACAGAUGGAUGAAUUGGUAGAGGACCUUGACGUAGAAUUAGAAAAUGUUAUUCAACAAGAGAUGGAAUUGAAUGCCAAGGCCGAGUCGAAGAUCGCUUCUCCCAUGAAUGGACAGGAAGUACAGUCUCCGCAGCAACAGCGAAUGCCGUGCUCGAAUAAUUUGAGUAGCGGCAAACUUGGUCAACCAAGUCUUCCGGAACCCACGGAACCACCACCGCCACCACCACCUCCGGCGCCGCCUUUAACUGUGAAUGGCGAGUCAUCAGAUGAUAAUGGCGAGCCAAUUUACGAGUCAGUGUUGCCGCGAGAAGCGAAUGAUUCUGGCAGUCCAAUUCAUAACGGCGGCAGUCCGAGCCAGAUAAUGAACGGUGAGACUUGCGGAUCGCCACCACCGCCUCCACCCAGUGGUAAGAUAACCAAAGAAAUCGUCGCUAGUCCACCAUCCAGACCAGAAUCCAGGAGUUCCGGCCAUCAUCCGGCUCACCAUCAUCAUCAUCAUCAUCAGACGAUACCCCAGGUGCAACAGAACGGCCACGAUCAGCUGCAGUCACAAUCGCAGACGGUGCAGCAAGUGCCUGUGGAACGUGAGCAGCGGCGCAAGACUCGCGUAGAGCGGAAACUGCAAGAGCUUGAGGACAAGAAGGAGCAGGAGAACGAGGUGACCUACCACGAUAUUGUAGAGUUUGCGCAGAAUUAUUUUAACAGCCAUGAACGUUCGCCGGAGGGUACCAUAAUGGCUACGUUAACGAGGAAGUCACGCGGGAAAAGUAUCGAAUUCAUUCCGAAGUACGAGAUGGUUACAUACUACAAAGGAUCGAGUAUCCCGAACUCGCAUAUUCAUAUGUAUGAUCCCGACAACGUGAAUGUUGCGUGUUCCGUGUUCAGGGAUUUGUGUAAGUAUAUUCGCGGUGAAAUGAAGUUGGAUCAAGAGAUAGUCACGAUUCAGAGUAUCAUCGCUUAUGGGAUCGAGCGAGAAGAGUUAAGAGAUGAAAUCUUUGUGCAAUGUAUGCGUCAAGCGACGAAUAAUCCCAACGCUGAGUGGUCGGAACGCGUGUGGCUGUUAUUGUGCUUGGCGAUCGUCGCCUUCCAACCGAGCAAGUUACUUUACAAGUAUUUUGUCUCCUUCCUGAAAAAGAAUCUUGCCCUCGAAGGCAAGCUGAGACAGUAUGUGCAGUGGUGCGUAGAUAAUUGCAAGAAUACUAAGGUAUCUUGCAGACAACAUCCACCAUCUACGGUAGAAAUCGCUGCCAUGAGACGAUUGGGCACCAUAGUAUGCAGGUUCUUUUUCUUGGAUGGAAGAACGAAGGCGAUCGACGUGCAUCCAAUUGACACAGCCGCUGAUGCUGUCGCCAAAUUAGGAGAAAAGUUGGGUCUUCGGUCGCUAGAAGGUUGGGCCAUUUAUCAAAGCAGACCGGAUGGAGAGGAGCACGUGCGAGCUCACGAUUACUUGUACGACGUGAUUGCUGCAUGGGAAAUGAAACAAUGCAAAUUGAAUACGGCACAGUCGACGUUUUCGACACUGCGACGCGGUAACAAUACUACUUUAGGCAGCGGCGACAAUCGUUUUGUCUUCAAACGAAGGUUAUUCCGUAAUCCAAGGGAGAUCUCGCAGGACCCCGUAGAAGUUAAUAUGCUAUACGCGCAAGCGGUCUACAACGUCGUAAAGUGCGAUGAUUUUCCGGUGUCCGAGAAAGUGGCAUUGCAAUUGGCAGGAUUGCAAGCACAAGUGUCCCUCGGCGAUCCCAAGGAUAAUGAUAGACUAGAUUAUUACAGCGAAGUGGAUAGCUUCCUACCUUACAGAAUCAGUCGAGCUCGUGGCGAUGACGUUUGGGUGCCGAUUAUAGCGCAAGCACAUCGGCAAUAUGGUGCCGGACGCAAAGAGCUCGCUGCUAAAGUUCUAUAUCUAUCCUGCGUGAUGCAGUAUCCACUUUAUGGCACAACGAUGUUCAAUGUAACUUAUCGCGGAUACUGGUCUUAUGGCAACCAGUUGAUUCUCGGCAUCAACUGUGACGGUCUGAUGCUAAUCAAGCCGGAUGAUAAAUUCGUUCUGUCCGAAUAUCGUUAUCAGGAUGUCGAAAGCAUUAUGUUAGAUCCAAGCGACUCGUUCAUCACGCUCUCGUUGUUGCGACAUAAUCCCGAUAGUUCGCACAAGUGUUUCGUUUUCGAGACGCCGCAAAAAAAUGAGAUUGGUAGUCUGAUUGUCAGUUACUGUUCAGCACUGGCGGGUUGGAUCACAGAGAAUGAGGUACCCACGAAGAAACUCAAGUGUAUUACUAACGAAGAUCGCAUUCGACUCUAUCACAAUCUAAUCAAUUGUCGGCGAACUCUAGUCGACUCGGAGAUUCUCAGAAAACCGCAAGAUUCCGGUGGUGGUUUUCUUCGGAAUACACUUAGAAGAUUAUCGAAGCAUCGGAUAGAAAAGCUCAGGCAGGAACACGGAAGUGCCGAUCACGGCGAGACUUAUAAGGGUUUCCCGUAUGCUUACUGGGCGUUCAACAGGCAACAGAUACCGCAGAGUCUAUCGAAACUACCUGAUCCCGAUGAACAAGUAUCUCUAAAUAUCUUCCAGUUAAUUUUGACGUACGCGGGACUUGGGCAAAAUGGAGAUACAGUACGUAGGGUUGAGGAUGAGCACGUGAAUCUUAUACAAACCGUAAUGGAACGUUGUAUACGAAAAGAAAACUUAUUGGGUGAAUUAUACCUCCAGUUGAUCAAGCAAACCACUGAUCAUCCAGAUCCCAAUAAUCGUGUCAAUCUGCGACACUGGGCAUUGCUUUCGCUCGCGUGUUCCGUAAUCCUACCGCCUCAAAAGACAAUACGCAAGUACUUAAUAGCACACCUGAAACGAUGCGCUAGCGAUUAUGUUACUGAGGAGGGUAAGUACGCGAGGUUUGCAGAAAAGUGCCUUUACAAGACUCAGGGCACUCGCAGGCGGCAGUGGCCGCCGAGUCGCGAGGAGAUUAUGUGCACUAUCAAUCGUCGGCCGAUCUAUGCCAGAUUCCAUUUUAUGGACGGUCAAUAUCACGCUGUCGAAUUUCAUCCAUCCGCGACCGCUAGGGACGUCAUGGAGAUCAUAAAGACGAAGAUAGGACUUGAGGAGACUGCUAUGGGUUAUGCGAUUUAUGAGGUGUUGGGACCGACCGAACGAUCGCUAAUUCCCGAGGAGAAGAUAGCUGAUGUUAUGUCCAAGUGGGAACGAUACAGAACGUCGCAGCAGAGUCAACACCAACGCAAACAUGCGCAUCACCUUUUCUUAUUCAAGAAACAUUUGUUCUUAGAUCAAUACAUGAAUUUAGACGAUCCUGUCGAAAAGGAGUUAUUGUAUCACCAAGUGCUACACGAUUUGCGAGCCGAUCGGUUUCCUAUCACCGAAAAAGAAGCUAUGAUGCUGUCGGCUUUACAAGCGCAGUUGGAAUUGGGCGAUUGUCAGGAGAUCAUAUCGGAACCGGAUUAUCGAACAAUAUCCAGUCACUGCCUAUCAUCGAGACUGGUGCCGUGCCUGUGUGUGGAUGGUGUGCGCCAGCACCAUCAAUCUCUACGUGGAAUGACACCGCCGGAGGCGAAAAAGGCUUUCUUAAAUCUGAUCCAGUCGUGGCCGUUGCACCGCGCGACAAUCUUCGACGUGAUGCAAUCGUUUACUUCGAAUUGGCCUCGCGUCCUCUGGCUGGCUGUUGACCAGCAGGGUCUUCAUCUCCUAGAACACCGUUCCAGAAACGCGUUGUGUACUUAUGAAUAUAGCAGUAUUUUAAGCUAUACGCCUGCCGUUAAUUGCUUGAUGAUUAUUACUGGUACGGAUAAGAAGCAGAGCAAGGUCAUCCUCACUACGUCGCAGGCUCAUCAAAUAGCGAAUCUAAUCCGUGAGUAUAUGGAAGUGCUUCAGUCACCGCCGGAAAUUCCGAGGCGAGACUCGACAAUGGCUCAACAGUUGGCCGCUCAACAGCAACAGCAGCAACAACAGCAACAACAGCAUCAGCAACCGCCUACGAGCCUAUCAACGUCUGCGGCCGGCGGACGAAAAUCUCGGCCCGCUUCAAUGUUACAUAGAGGUGCUCCAGUAAUACAAUCGCAAGCUAGUUAGAAUGGCUAAGUAAUCUUCUCGUUAAAUUUAAAAAUGAAGUUUCCUUUCAAUCUGCUACUUAUCGAGUUUUUAUUGUUAGUCACCGCACGUUCCAUUACCAAGUGCCAUAAAUUCAAGAUUAUGCACACUACGCCAUGUAGCGGCCAGUGUCUAUUUUAUAAGAAAUAUGCAUAUAUACAGUAAAUUUUAAUUUUCAAAUCACGCUUCGUCCAUAUCACGAUGAGGCGUUCCCUCUAUGUAGCUAUCUUAGCAAUUUACUCCGAGAUUAAAACGUAGGACAUUUAAUAUCAGGUUGUGGCGAUAAGACAAUUUAUAUUUAAACGCGUUACACAUUUAAUGCUAAUUGCGGCUAUCUGAGCUUCAAUAUGAUCCUCGUAUAUUAGAUCUGAGCGACGUAGUGUUUAAUAAGAGGCAUCACAAAGACAUGCGGAAUUCAAUCUUCCGUCUUGAAAUUCAGACUUUUGUCUCGUUCGGAAAAGCCGCAUUCUGCAAUAAAUGCGAUAUAGAUAGGAAUACGAAUAUAUGGGACGAAGUCUUAAAUUAAUUAUGCUUUUUUUCGGCCGGGCCUAUCGAGGCGACGAUGAAUCGUCGUGUAAAGACGGCACUAGAGCUUAGAGAUACUUAUUUCUUCCACUAUUUAUUGGAUUAGCUUAGACCUCGAGAGAAAAACGUCAAAGACUAGACUCAAUUAGUCUCCGCGAAUUUAGCAGAUUUAGGGAGAUGAGUGAUAAAUAACUGCCAUUAGAGAAGUUAUUAACUGCAGGGAAAGUUACCGAGGACUUUUCCAUUUCUAUUGCGACCGUUAUCAUUGUUGCCUUUUUUACGAGUGACCGCCGCCACGUUUUUUGAUAAAGGAUUUUUGCAGUACGGAAAUAUAAACAUGCGAGAGCGAGAGUACGGAAAUAUAUAUACGGCGAUAUUUAAUGUUCAAACAUUUAUUCCGUAUACACCGUUAUAAUUCCGAUCGACAAUGUUUUAUCCCUCCGGCAUAUCAGUUAAUAUCAACUGAAGAGAGUGAUUAAGAAACUACGCAAUUAUCUACGAAGCGACCAAAAAAAUGCAAUCUUCCGAGCGUAAGUUAACGUUUGACUGAUUGUAAGCAUAUUUACCUGUUAAUAUUUACAUUAAUUCCUAUAUACACAAAAAUUUGGAACACGAUACUGUGACCAUUUUCGAUAUUAUAGAUUCACAAUAAAGGAAUCUAUAUCGAUUAUUUAAUGAAGACAAUUCAGGUAUGAGAAGGAAUGUUUUGUUGAAACGUUUGCAUUUUAAGAAACUGAAUUACAUCUGAAAAACUUUUCGACUAUCAUUGUAUUUCCUGAAACUUGAAGUCGUAAGGUAUAAUCGCCAGAGGAUCAUUUUUUAAAAAUCGAUUUGUAAUAAUAUGUUUAACGAUGUAUAUCUUAAAAAUUAUAAGACGAUUAUAUGUCGU